AUGUUUGGUUAUUCACAUAUGAAAUUCAUGGGUGCCAUAGCGGACACUCUAACAGAAGCAGGACACAAUGUGACGUUACUAAUGCCAAUAAUGGACGCAGAGUUGCAAGAUAAAAAAGGGGUAAAGCUUACAAAAAACAUCAUAGAGAUUCCAUGCGCACCACGAGUAGCCGAAAUGAUGAUGGACAAGGCGAAAGUACUAGCACAAACAUGGGUCGAAGAAUCAAGUGUUACUACAAAACUACAGAUGGCCCGUAAUAUGACAGAGUCUUUCAAGUGUCAAUGUGAACAGAAUCUCAAUGACGAAAAGCUCAUUGAACAGCUAAAGAGAGAAGAAUUUGACGUCGGUAUAGCGGAAGCAUUCGGCAUUUGCGGCUUUGGCAUUUUUGAAAUACUAGGAAUACAAACCUCAAUCGUCACUUUUUCCGGGGUGUACUUGAGUCCUAUAUCCAGAGCGAUUGGAGAGCCCAUAGUUCCAAGCUAUGUACCUGGAGUAAGCGUUGCUGGGGAUCGUAUGAAUGUUUUGGAAAGAUUUUUAAACACUUUGGAUGUAGCUUUAUGGGACAAAAUUUUCACUGACAUUCUUGAUGCAGAAAUUGAUGUUUUUAAAAGGAAAUUCGGUUCUCACUUCAAGAGUCAUAGCGAACUGCUUGCUCAAGCUUCGUAUGUUUUCACAAAUUCGAAUCCUUAUUUGGAUUAUCCUCGCCCAUUGCUCCAUAAAACUAUCUCGAUUGGUGGAAUUACAGUUUCAGCUGACUCAAAACAGGAUAAACUUUCUGCCAAAUGGGAUGCAAUAUUGAAUGAGCGCAACACAACUGUACUGGUUUCAUUUGGCUCCGUCACAAAAACCGUCUACAUGCCAGGCGAGUACAAAUCCUAUAAUUACCUGCUUGUUGAAAAAGCCAAUUAUUUCGUUGUAGCUGAUAGCCGCUUAACCGUUUUCGUUACCCAUGCAGGUCUUGGUAGCACCACUGAACUUGCAUAUCAAGGAAAGCCAGCCAUUCUUAUACCUUUAUUUGCGGAACAGCCAAGAAAUGCACGCAUGCUUGCUAAGCACGGAGGAGGUAUCGUGCUAUCUAAGAAUGAUCUAGCAUCACCAGAGAAGUUAAGAAACAGCCUUCUUACGAUAAUGAAUGAUCCCAGAUACAGUCAAAAUGCUAAACGCUUAUCUGAAAUGUUGAUCAAUCCACCUAUUAGCCCCAAACUGCUGCUUCUCCGUCAUUGCGAGUUUGCAGCCAGGUUUGGACGUCUACCCAAUUUGGACCCAUAUGGCCGACAACUUUCAUUCGUACAGUACUUCCUCAUUGACAUAGCUGUCGUCGCUGCAAGUGUAAUUGCUAUUGUUGUUUUCGUUGCUUUACUACUUCUUAGGAAAUGCCUUUCAAUAUCAGCGAAAUUGAAGAUUGAGUAA